AUGCCAAACCGAAUUAUAAACAGUAAUGACGAUAAUAAUGAUAUUAUCAAGGAGGAAAUUGCCCAAUUACGGGCACUAUUAGAUGAGGGUGGUCUACACAGUGGUGUAUUAGAGGGAAAAUAUCUGAAUCAAGUUAAACGUGCCCGUCAGCUUGGAGUUCAACUGGAGUCUGAGAAGACAUAUAGUCAGAAACUUGAAAAACAAUUAGUAUCACUGGAGGCAGAGUUGAAACGUUUGAAUAGUAACAAGGAAGGAUUGGGAAUUUUACCACCAAAAGGAAUAGGAGGAAUAGGAGGAGGACGUGGGAGUAAACAAACAGAAAAUGGUUCAGAAGAAGAAACUGGAGAUCAACAGAAUACUAUUACAUCUCUUAAAGAGCGUUUAGAACGGGUGUAUAUACAAUUAAAUGAGAGUAAAUUGCAGUUAGAGGAACAAAAGAAAGAAACUCAACGACUGCGUAAAGUCCUACAGCAGGAAGUGGGUGGUACCCCACAGGAAUUAGAAACAUUAUUAAAAAAUGUAUCUGAAGGUGGUGUUGGUUGGCGUGGUCGGGCCCAACAGAUUGUGGUAUUAAAAGGUAAAGUAAAAGAAUUAGAACGACAAUUAGCCACAGCUGGACAAAAUGCUGCAAAUAUGAAUGAAGAUCACGACUCCGCAUCCUCACAGCGAGUAGUUGGUCCUUCAGAUGCUGUCUCUGUUAUCACAACAACUACAACGACAUCAAGGAAGCCUCACUUAACAGGCCGUGGUCGUGAUUUAGAUGAUGUGGCUCGUGAUCGGGUAGUGGAAGUGCAAAAUCGUCGUUUACUUCAACAACGAGAACUGCAGGACGCACUCGAUAGACGCACAGUGGAAUUAGAAGAACAACGAAAACGUGUGGAGGCCGCACAGGCACGAUAUGUAAAUCUCGAAUCGGAUAAUCGCACUCUGCGUGAUUAUCUUCACACCGUACUAGAGAAGACGGAGAAUGAUAAUGCCCUUAUUGAUGCUUAUCGUGAAGAGAUGGAAGAACUCCGCCAGGCGUUGCGGGAGGCGAGAAUGAAAUUGCAGGAAUGGGAAUUAUGGGAAAGUAAAGCCGCACCAUCGGGGCAACAUGCAAUAGGAGAACAUCAUCAGGCAAAUGAUGGAUCUCAUAAGAGGCAUACAAACAAGAAGAACCGGAAUAAUAAUAAUAACAAUAAUAAUGUUGAUGAUAGUGAUGAGACGCUGGAUACAAAUACGGCUGUGGCACUCGCCGGUGCAGAUGCGGCGAUUGAAUUAAAUCGUUUGAAAAUAGAGAAUAUGGAAUUACGAAAUAAACUGGCAUAUUGGGAAAGUAUGUCUGAUAGUGGUAGAAACCGUAAUAAUAAUAAUAAUAAUAAUAAUAAUAAUAAUAAUAAUAAUAAUAAUAAUACGGCUGCCGCUGCUGCUGUGAAUGAUGAUACGGCCCUUGUAUUGCAUUGGUUACGCAGUGUAGCUCCCUCUACGGAAAGAGAUGGAAUCCCAACAGGGCGAACAGCCGUGAAAUCAUUGACUUCCACUUCCGUAGAAAACUGUAGUGAAUGGCAGCGACGAGUGGCAGAUGUCCUCCGCCGAGCCCAUGCGGCUGUUCGUUUUUUAGAGCAACAACGAGAAGAGGGGGACUCACGGUUAAGUAGAUGCUAUGAGACGAUUCAGCAACUGCAGGAACAGCAGAAACGUCGUGGAGGUGGUGGUGGUGGUGGUGGUGGGAAAGUGAUAAAAAGCAAGAAGGGAAAAGGUGAAUCCCAUACGAGUGGUAAUGAUGAUAAUCACAUUGGUGAUGUUAAUAAUAGUAAUGAUAAUAAUGAUAAUAGUGAGACGGCGAAAUUAACAAGUGUUGUUCUGCAGGAGAAUCGAGCAUUAAAACAACGUAUAAAGAUGAUGCAGGAAUUAAUGGAGAAGGAACGAUUGGCGUAUGAAUCUCUUCGUGCAGUCUCAGAUGUAUCUAAUCCUGGAAAGACAACUGGGGCAACGGAAGGAGAAUCUGGGUCCGUAACAACAACAGCCGCAUAUCAACAACUACGACGGGAGUAUGAGGAACUGCGUUUGGCUUUUAAUAACCUUCAAAGGGAGAAUUUUAGACGUGAUGCUGAUUAA